CCCCCUCCCCUUCCUCCCCCCCAGGGGUGAAAGUGCAAGAGGAAGUGCAGCCGCUGCCAUCUUUCCUCCUCUGCAAACACACACACACUCGCACGCACGCACGCACGCACACCCAGGGAGGGAGGGAGGAGGGAGCCCCCCCGCGCCGCGCCCGCCGUUCCGCGCCGACGGCGGAGAAGAGCGACUCGCCGAGGCUUCCGCCGCGGCCGCCCGCCCGUCGGCCCGCCCGGGCUCGGGGAGAAGGAUCCGGCGGGGCCUGCUGGCGGCGCCCCCCCCGCGCUGCUGCUGCUGCUGCCGCGGCGGCCUCGGCCGGGCCUUUGUUCGUGGCGGGCGCCCCCGCCGCGUCCCCGGCCUCGCGGGCGGCGGGCGGGCGGCCGGGCGCGCGCUCCCCGCCGGGCCCGGGGCUGCUGGAGGGCGCGGGCGGCGCGCGGGCGGCCUCCCUGACGGGCGCGCGCCCCGGCCCCUCGACGGGGGAGCGGGCGCGCGCCUCCUGCCGGCCGCCGCCGGGCACAGCAGGCAGGUAAGCGCGGCGCCGCGGCCGCCCCGAUGGAGCGGGUGAGCGAGGCGGCCGCCGCCGCCAACAGCAGCAACCCGUGCGGCGCGCCCCCGCCGAGCUGCUACACCUACCAGGUGAGCCGCCACAGCGCCGACCUGCUGCACAGCCUCAACCAGCAGCGCAAGAACGGCGGGCGCUUCUGCGACGUGCUGCUGCGCGUGGGCGACGAGAGCUUCCCGGCGCACCGGGCCGUGCUGGCCGCCUGCAGCGAGUACUUCGAGUCGGUCUUCAGCGCGCAGGGGCUGGGCGGCGGCGGCGGCGAGGGCGGCGGGGCCGGGGCGCCGGAGGGGGGCGCCGGCGAGGCGGGGGUCGGCCCCGUGGGCCCGGGCGGCGGCGGCGGCGGCGGCGGCGGGGCGCGCGAGCUGGAGAUGCACACCAUCAGCUCCAAGGUCUUCGGGGACAUCCUGGACUUCGCCUACACCUCGCGCAUCGUGGUGCGCCUGGAGAGCUUCCCCGAGCUCAUGACUGCUGCCAAGUUCCUGCUCAUGCGCUCCGUCAUCGACAUUUGCCAGGAGGUCAUCAAGCAGUCCAACGUGCAGAUCCUGGUGCCCCCCGCUGCCCGCCCGGACGUCAUGCUCUUCCGCCCAGGUGCCACCGCCACCGACCUUGGCUUCCCGCUGGACAUGACCAACGGUGCUGGGCUGGCGCCCAACGGCAAUGGGAUCGCUGGCAUGCCUGAGGAUGAGGCCACGCGGGCCGUGCUCUCUGCCGCCGCUGCCCAAGCCUCGCUGCCCGUCCUGCAGGGGGUGGACCGCCUGCCCAUGGUGGCUGGGCCCCUCUCGCCCCCCUUGCUGGCUUCACCCUUCCAGAACGUGGGCACCGCCGGCCCCUCGCUGAACAGCAAGAGGGGCAGAGGGAGACCCCGGAAGGCCAACCUUUUGGACUCGGUGAUGUUCAGCGCCCCCGGGGGGUUGAGGGAUGCCGGCAUCCUGCCGUGCGGCCUCUGUGGAAAAGUCUUCACGGAUGCCAACCGCCUCCGGCAGCAUGAAGCUCAGCAUGGGGUGACCAGCUUGCAGUUGGGGUACAUUGAUCUCCCGCCCCCAAGGCUCAGUGAGAACGGGAUGCCAGGUCUGGACGACCCCGAGGCGCCCCGAAAGAGGAGCCGGACAAGGAAGCAGGUGGCUUGCGAGAUCUGUGGGAAGAUCUUUCGGGAUGUUUACCACCUGAACCGGCACAAGCUGUCGCACUCUGGCGAGAAGCCGUACUCAUGCCCUGUGUGCGGGCUGCGUUUCAAGAGGAAAGACCGAAUGUCCUACCACGUUCGCUCCCAUGACGGUUCGGUGGGGAAGCCUUACAUUUGCCAGAGCUGUGGAAAAGGUUUCUCUAGGCCUGACCACCUGAACGGGCAUAUCAAGCAGGUGCACACAUCAGAGAGACCUCACAAAUGUCAGCAGGAAAAUUCCAGCCUCCAGGGGAUAAGCUCAGAGACCUCUGCAUCCAUAGAACAGUUGAAACUUCAAGAGACCUGCAACGCUUCCUUUGCCACCCGGGACCGGCUGCGCUCACAUCUGGCUUGCCACGAAGACAAAGUUCCCUGCCAGGUCUGCGGGAAGUACUUGCGGGCCGCGUACAUGGCGGAUCAUUUGAAGAAACACAGCGAAGGACCAAGCAACUUCUGUACCAUCUGCAACAGAGGUUUCUCCUCUGCCUCCUACUUAAAGGUCCAUGUUAAAACCCACCACGGUGUUCCCCUUCCCCAGGUCUCCAGGCACCCGGAGCCCAUUCCGAAUGGGGGAGCGGCGUUCCACAGCGUCAGGACCUAUGGCAUCAAAGAAGGCCAGAAAUGCUCACAUUCGGACCAGAUUGAGAGUUCAGAUUCCUACGGAGACCUCUCUGACGCCAGCGACCUCAAGACUCCCGAGAAACAGAGUGCCAACGGUUCCUUCUCCUGCGACGUGGUGGUCGCCAAAAGUAAAUUGGAGUCAGAGGGUGAUAAGAAGUACCCCUGCCCUGAGUGUGGCAGCUUUUUCAGAUCCAAGUCCUAUCUCAACAAACACAUACAAAAAGUUCACGUCCGCUCCUUGGGGGCCCCCUUAGGGGACCUGGCCUCCGCCUUGGGGUCCCCCUUCUCUCCCCAGCAGAACAUGUCUCUCCUGGAAUCGUUCGGGUUUCAGAUCGUUCAGUCCGCCUUUGCCUCGUCUCUGGUGGACCCGGAAGCCGACCAGCAACCGAUGGGGCCGGACGGGAAGUGAGGCGCCUUUGCUCUUCACAAAGCAGUGGUCGGUUUUUUUUAUAUACACAUAGAGAAGAUGGCUGUGAGACACCAGAUCCAGUUUUAGAGCGGGGAGAGGUUUACUCAAGUUCCUUUUAGGUUCCCACCCUUCCCCUUUCUUUUCUCUCCAAUCCCUUCCCUGGACGGAGACGCUUUCAGCUGACAAUCUGCAGGGUCCCUGCAUGAUGGCGAAUAGGUGAGGGGGGUCCGUUGGUGGAAAAGACCCAGCUCGGGAGUCAUGCGAACAAAACAGAGGCCGGAGGGCUGGAUCCAGAAUUUUGAGACGUCCUCGCUCACCUGGCAGAGAGCCAAAUGCUCCUCUGCCCGCCCUUUGGCUUUUCUCUCUGCUCAGGAUUCACACAUUAGCAACCUUGUCUGCUCAUCCACACCUAUCCAGUAGGUAGAAUUGCUCUUUUCUUUGAAAGGAAAAUCCACGGGAGGCCAGCUUUUAAAAACAAACCACGUUUUUCCUUUAAAGAAGACAGGGCGGUUGGCAAGAAGCGAAGAGAUGUUGUGGGGAGGAGGUGCCACCAAAUUCUUGAGCUGAAGAGAGAGCUUGCCUGCACGAGACCCCCCAAGGGAGCAGCUGCUACUUGCACGCCUCUCCUGCUUCCCUGAGGACCUUGUGCGGGGGCAUCUCCCCCGUUGUGUUGUUGGCUUGUUUUUCUGAUCCUCAACACUUGGCCAUUGGUUUCCUGUCUCUCUCUCUUAUAAUUAUGGUUAUUAUUAUUACAUUUAUGAUUUUAGGACCUGUUGUAGUGAUUUGCUACUGAGAUGCCUUCCAGGGCAAUUAUACAGAGAGCUCUUAAAGCAGCAGUCAUGUUAGGAUAGGAUUAAUUUUUUUUAGAUGUAUCAUAAUUAAAAACUUGGCUAGUUGAUUGUUUUUAAGUCUAUGGGAUAAUAUAGUUAUGCAAAGUGAAAGCAAGUUGGGGGAGGGAGAAAUAAGCUUAAAAUUUAAAAGAAGGUAAGAAUGCACUCUUGGUUGGUUGAUGCAUAAAGACCUCCAGAAGUUUAACCUUUUCAAUGAGAUGAUAUGUUUUUUUGUACCACCAACCUCCUGUGCAAAUAAAUGCAGAGUUCACAGAGUGAUUUCAAAGCAGAAAAUAAUCAUUGGAUUGGACUGCAUUAAAGAAGUUAGAAUGUUACUUUAUAAA